AUCGUUCACAUGUUUUCAUGAUCACUUUUCGAGUCUCAAUUCAAACAAUAAUCUAUGUCAAUCACAAUAGUAUGUCUCACCUAGGUGCAAGGUACUUAUUAUUUUUUUAAUCUGAUAGAGAUUGACGGCAGAGAUAAAUACUAAGGUAGCAUCACAUACACUUACUUAUAAGUUCAGUUUUCUAGUUUUUAUACAAGACCUUAUGUGUGUACAUUUCUAGUUUAACUAAUUUCCGGCCGUGUGCCUUUCCCCGAAUCAGACCGAGUACGAGUUUUAUAUUUAAUUACUUCAGUGUCAAAUAUUUAGUCUCAAACAUCCUGAACUAAAGGUUGUCUUAAUACAGAGGAAACAAAUCGUUUAAGUUGAGCAGCGAGUUCUAACUUCAUGAAGACUGACUUAAUAUAUACACCUGUUUUAGUUCUGAGUAUGACUGAUGAUUUGAGAUAAUAGAAAGAAAAUCCCCCUCAUGUGGAGCGAACCAAAAGCAGAACAUGCUGCGAUAAUUCUAUUAUACUGUAAAUGUUAGGCGGGAAACGCUUGGGUCGUUAAACAAAUUAAAGUAAGAUGGAAAUGUCUCUCCACAGAUAUGAUGUUAAUGGUAAUAAGGCUAUUGGCAACGUAACAAAAGAGCGUACAGAUAGUUAUUCAGUCAACAAAACAAAUUAUUCGCCUUCUCCUAGCAACGCCUCGUAAUUUUGCCUAAGCCUCAGGGAUAAUGAUUUAAAGUUCUAUUUAAAUCAAAAUUGAAGCGAUAAAUAAGAUGGCAAAGGAUAAGAAUUUUAUAGAGUUUUAUCUGCCUAAAAAGGGAGCAUCAGUUGAUACAUCUCUCCUGUAGAACGUGUUAGUGCCUUUGAUGUCCUCUUGCUAGCGUUGCUACUGUGAUAUCUUGUCUACUUUGAAAAAGUCUUGUGAUUCAAAAGCACUAGCCUAAAACUGGAGACCAAUAUCAUCUAUGAGUUACAGCAAGACGCAAUUAUCUUAGAAUUCAUGGUUAUAGUUUUAUUUUCAUGAUCGAAAAAAACACUUAAAUUAAGACUGUCUUUAACAAGUGCGCCUUCAGGUGAGUCAACCAAGAACACUUAAGUAUGAACAUGUUUGUCAUGAAAGGAAAACAUUGAAUUGUAUACAUUUUGUCACCAUUUGUUCAACUUUCCAAGCUGUUCAUCCUUCCUAUAUUUGCAUUUUUUACUUUUUAUUUAGUUUUUGUUUUGUUUGGUCAGAUUUGAGACCAAAUGUAGAGUUAAAUGCACUUAGAGCAACUGAGUUACCAUCAUUAAAAAUCUUCACGAUGAAAAGGAAAUGAAGAAAAUAGUGGUCAUAACGAGAAAGAAGUGAGAAACUACAUAAAUUGGACAUUUAAUUGAAGAACUGGCUAGUCAUCUGCAUACAGGUGUAUGGUAAAUGACUUACCCACAAACACUUAAACUGAAUAAUGUAUAUUUAGUCUUGUAAACAUUUGGUCUUUCAGAUUUGAAUGCCGUUGUUGCGAACGGUAUCGGUGAUACAAGGAUCGAGACUUUGAAUGCUAAUUACUAUGAACAAUUCAUCAUCUUCGGAUACGAAUUCCUGCCUUUUUCUUCAUCCACUUCUUGUAAACACAGAACCAAUACCUUAUGUAGUGCUUACAUGUGUGUUGAAUGCUGUGGUUUUUCUACCAACAGUUGCUGGCAAUAGUCUUAUCUUGGUAACGAUGUGGCGCAACCCAAAUCUAGACUCACCCAACCACAUAUAUCUCUUUAGUCUUGCUACAGCUGAUUUCAUCACUGGAUUUGUAGUACAACCAUCUUACGUCGUACAUAAGAUGGCUUGGCUUUAUAGCAAAAGCAGUCUUAGCUGUACUGCCAGAAUUAUAAUGGAGAUAGUGGCAUGGAUUUCUGCUGCGGUAUCUUGCUCGACAGUGAGUAUUAUAAGUCUCGAUCGUAUGCUUGCUCUACAACUCCAUAUGAGGUACCAGUUAUACGUUACCCAACGGCGCGCAAUCAAUAGUACAUUAUCCAUCUGGAUAGGCCUAACGAUCUUGAGUUGUGGACGUUUCUUUAUGAAGGACAUUCGCCCUUUCGUAGUGAUUGGCACUAUUGGCAUCUUGUCUGGGAUGGCUAAUGUUUUCUUUGCUUAUGGCCAAAUAUUUAGAUACAUGAAACAUCACAGGAAAAAGAUAGGUUUACAAUGUCCAUCAGUUACAGGAAUUAACACAAGUGACAGUGAGACAACAACGGCAAAGAAGGUGAAGGUGAAAAAACUUUGGAGAUCAGCCAUAAAUCUGGCUUAUGUUGUUGGUCUUUUUGUCGUUGCUUAUUUACCAUUUGUAAGCACUCUUAUUGCAUUCCUUGUCCAUGGACCAACUAUGCAAAUAGAUGUCGCUUAUGAUAUUACUAGGACCAUAGUUUUCUGUGUGUCUCUUGUCAACCCAUUCUUUUACUGCUGGAAAAUAAGUGAUGUAAAGAUAGAAGUGAUGAAAACUUUGAAAAAAAUAAGAAAAAGAGCUAUCGAUUUGGAUGACAAGAGAACCGACGGUAACAGCCAAAAUAAUGGAGAAAAUCACACCGCCUCAAGAUAAUACUGGCAUGAACCUAGAAGAUGUUAUCACGAAUACUGCUUGAUAACCACCAUCAAUCUUCGCUUAAUAAAACUUCAUACAAUAUAAAAAUAAUUUUAUUGAAUAUGAUUCAUUUAGCUAUUAUGAACUGAAUCUUUGAGAACGUUUUAGACGAGAAUGAAAAGUGAUAUUAAGGACCGGAUAUGUUUAAAUUUUUUAUGGUGAUGUUCAGGUUCAAAUAGAAUUUAACUAGACCACUCUUGAGAACGCUACAUUCAAAGCACGGGGGGAAAUCUUGGUAGAUAAUGUUUAUUUGGACCAACUUUCUUAGGGCUACUCUUCUGUAGUACGUUGUUCCGGAUGAAAAGCCUUUAA